ACUCGGUGCGUUGUUUACUUUUUGUAUUUUUUUAUUUUUUACAACUUUUGCAUGAAGGAAUAUCAUGUCGAAUCAAGAAAUUAGUUUAAAGUGGAAUGGCUAUCAGAAUAACAUAUUGUGUAACGUCAAAGAGCUUUUUAAAGACGAAGGAUUAUGUGAUGUCACCCUGGUGUCUGAAGGGCUAAGCUUUAAAGCUCAUAAAGUGAUACUAUCAGCUAACAGUCCCCUUUUUAAAACUAUCUUCCAGCAAAACCCCCACAGGGAUCCAAUUAUAGUACUUCAUGACAUCAACACGAAUUCUUUAAGGACAUUACUAACGUUUAUGUAUAACGGCGAAGUGAAUGUUACUGAGGAAUCUCUACCAAUUUUGUUAAAAACAGCUGAAACACUAAGAAUCUGCGGACUCUCCACGGGUAGUGAAGCUGGCCGUGAUGCUGAGAAAUCAGCUAGUACUACCCAGACAAGCUCGAAAAAACGUAAGAAGAGUGAACAAGAGGACAAUAAUAACAAAAUUAAAAAACCUUUCAUUAACACGAAAGCUGAUACAUGUAAUUUAAGUCUUGAUACUAAAAACAAUAAUAUAAUGCCAAAAGUGGAACCUGUUGAUUCGCCUCUUACUGAUGACUCUGGUGAAAACACAAAUGAUACUGACAUAGCGAUUCUUGAUGACAAUAUUGAUAAGAAAUACUCUAUCACCUCUUCACCAAAAUCCCACUUUAGUGACACUAAUGGAAAGAAGUGCAUUAACGAAGUCAGCAGUACUCAGCCAUGUUUAAAUACUUGUGAUAAUGAUGAUAAAGAGAUUGAGAUUGAUAAGGAAGUGGAAACUGUAAUUCAGAGUGGAACAAUAGUGGAAUCGCUUAAUAUAGCCACAGAAAAUUUGAACUUGUUGUCAAAUGAGGAUAUUAAAGAUAAGUCUGGUACCUCCUAUGCAAACCCAUCAUUUCCCUGCCCGUUCUGUCCUCGAGUCUACAAUAGCUGGGGAUAUCGACGACGACACGUAAAGUCUCGACAUAUGACUAACAGACUAUCCUGCAAAUGGUGCGUAUCAGUAUUGCCAACAACUGGAGCUUGGUAUUCCCACGCAACCAAAACCCAUGGGGUUCCCCACGAAGAAGCCAGAAACUCGCUCGUUGUGAUGGUAGAAGCUCACGCUGUAUUGACCCUGAAUGAGCCUAGUGUAGCCCAAUUAUUGGGACAAGUAGGCAUGGACCCUAAUGGAACUGUGAGUGAGAAAAAUUAAAUAGCUUUUAAAAAUUAUCACCAGAUGGCACAAAGUUAUUUGGUUACUAUCAAUUAUCAAAGUAAAAGUUCUGAUAAAAUAAUUAUAUGUAUACAAAAAAUGUCAAUAAAGUAACUAUGAUAUAAAAUAACAAAAAAAAAAAUUUAAAAAGAUAGUAUCUUCGAAUCCUAAAACAGACAUAACUGACAUUAUACAGACGAUUUUCGCUUCAUCUUCAACUUCAUCAACAAUAUACAAAAAUAAUAUUUUACUUUAAUUAGAUAUUUAUAAAUUAAUACCAAUCGCAUCGCGCAAAUUUAUCAAAUUAUAGUCAAAUUUCUUUAGAAGUUAAAAAUUUAAAAAAAAUCUUGUAGGCUGUGGCAGUUGGCUUUAAUUAUAUUUUCUGUUUUUUAUAAACAUUGUUUAAUAUUGCAUCCGGACCGGUUUGAUAAGGGCGCCAUCUGGUGGUGGGAUUUUAAUUUGUUUAAAAUCGUAUUGUGCUUUGUAGGAAGUUAUAUUUAAAUUUUUGACAGAUAUAUGAGUAUGGUGCCUUCUAUACAAAAUGGGUAUUUCUUUAAAGAGUUUACGAACGGCUGUAAUUUUAUGUGUAAAUUUUGGUCUGUUUUGAAAAUCGAUAAAUUUACUUUCCAAACAAUGGAAAACCUUUCUGACUUAAAUAAUAAUAUAUAUUUAUUUCUAAACCAUACUUUGCGUUUUGAGCGUUUAGUUUCCUAUAAGGCACAACAUUUUGGAUUUUAAAACUUUUUCGUAUGAAUUUUUAUAUCAUACAAAAUAUAUGUAAUAAGAAUAUUCAGUGAUAUGGCUCAUUAAAAAUUUAUAUACUAUAUUUUCGAUGUAUUUUAUAAGUACGGCGAAAGCAAAUUUAUUACUGUAGGUAUAUUAUUAUAUACAUAAUAUCUUUUUAUAAAAAUUCGUCAAUUAAAUUAUUGUCAAUAUAUUUUACAUUGGUCACCGUUUCGAAAAUGCCAAAGGUAUAAUUGCAAUGCUUCAGUGAUUUUGUUUUUAUCCUAUUGAUAAAUUUAAUGCGUUUUAUGUUAUCACAACUUAAAAUAUAGGUAAAGUUACUUUACUUUAAAAAUUACUUUAUCUAAGUUUGGCUUAAAGACAGUCUAGUAUGUUAUUCAUAACAAUUAAACAUAUUUAAUCUAAUCUUUUAACGGUAAUUAUUGUCUCUGUGACAAAAAGAGACUGGUGUCUUUAGUCAAAGUGCCAUUAACUCCGUUUAUUUUUUAUGAAUUACGAGGGGUUGCCUUUUAAGCAAAAAAAAAAAAAAAAUAACACAUUAAAAAAAAAACUUUGGCAUCAGCAUUGUUAGUGAGAUACGCCUGGUCUUAUAAUAAUAUAAGUGUGUGUUUAAGAUAUAACUAUUUUGGUGUUCUUACUUUUAAUUGAUCGGUGAGAUGAAAUUUUAAAAUUAAUAUUAUCUAUAAUUCGAUUCGAAAACAUAAAGAAAAUAUUAAUGUAACACUUAUAAAUUUUAUAAUAUUUCGUUGGGCGCCAUCUUGUUUACAUACGGCGAUCGUAUUUCUACGGAAUAGAUUGAUAAGUAAGGUAUGUACGCAUCGCAACUGUGUUCAUAAUUGAUUUUGCUUAUGUGUGAAAUGUAAUGAUGAAAGAGAAAGCGUGAAUGACAAUUGGUACGUCGAUUACUUAUUUAUCUAUACUUGUGAAUUGCAUAAACAUUAAUUUUGAUCUCACUUUACUCAAGUCAGAGUUUAGAUUUAGGAACGAGUUUAAUAAAGCGUGUGUCAUAUUGUAUUUUAUACGAAUAGAUGUAAGAAUUGAACCUAUCUUAUGAGCAAUUAAUUAACCAAAAUAUUUUUGUAAUUUGAGAAUUAUGUUUAUAUAUCGCCUCUGGCUUAGGCGUAUAUAUUGACGAAACUUAUAAUCCUGGGUUUGAUUUACCGAGAACCGUGUAGUUUGUGGCUCUAAAGACUGAUCACCAACUCACCUGAAAUGAUUAAAACAGAUGCAAUAAAAUCAUGCCCCAUUCGGGAUGAUUCAAAUUCAAAAUAAGUUAAGUAUUGUGUGUUGAAUGUAAAGUGCAAUUUCUUUUAACAAUUAAAACGGACUAUGGAUAAGAAAGUUUUGUCGAUAUUUUUGUCAGAUUUUUUCCUUACAUAUGUACAAAAUAAUAGAGAAAUAGAUUUUUCAAACAUUUUAUUCUCAGAAAUAACAUAGUGAAUUAUUUUGGAUAGAAUUCUGAAACAUAUCAACUCGUACAAAUGAUUGAUGAGCUUAUUCGUAAUAUUUCUAAUCUACAACAAUAAAUGUCCUAUACGACUAUACUCGCUAACACAAGUCCAUAAUAGCAUAGACAUUUUGGCUAAAUACUCUUUAAUAUAAUAAUUUAAUUUAAGAUGACCACUUAAAUUAGGAAAUAUAAGCAAUAUUUUUAAGUAAAUUUAAGUUACCAAAGCAAUGUUCGAUGUAAGAUCUACAUAGUCAUAUAGUAUAUUUUUGUAUGAUGAUCGCACGGUGAUUCAAAAUUGUAAUAAUGAUAAAUUAGCGUUUUUACGUAAUUAUAUAAAUAAAGUGAACGGGUUUUAUCGCUCUUUGAUAUAUAAUAUUUGUAAUUAAAUUGACGAUUUGUGACACUAAUAUCAAUCAAAUACAAUAAUGCUUAUCAAGAUUUUUUAAGUAUAAGAUUUGAUACGUGUUUAAAGUUAUAUCAAAGGGCGAUGUAAUUCGUUUCUUUAAAAUCAAUUAAAAAUAACAAUCUUAUGACCUAACCUGUAACUCAUGGCUUUAAAGUUAAUCAGAUGUAAUGCAGUGAGAAUGUAUUUUAAGACAAAGGAGAUUCAAAUAUAUUUUUUACGAACUA